AUGAGCACCAACACCACAACCCCAACCCCGGCCCCGGCCCAGCUCCUCGAACCCCUCAUCACGGACCCCUCCACCACCACCACCACCUCCUCCUCCACCUCCCCCGACGGGACCGGGACUGCCGCAACAGCCGACGACGCGGUCCAAGCGGCCGUGCAGGGAUUCAGCGACCAGCUCCGGGCCGCCGCCAAGCCACAAACCCAGACGACCCAGACGGGCCAGGGCCAGACCCAGACGCAAACGCAGCAGGCAUCGAUCGGCGAUUUUGUGUGGAGGGCGUACAAUGCGCUGUUCGAUGCCGCCGAGCGCACCCCGCCCGCGCGGCAGGGCCCGCUGCUGGAGUUUGUGGCGCGGUUGAGGGAGACGGUGGUUACCGGGGAGGAUGGGGAGGUCUUGAGGCAUGAGGGGGGCGAGUUGUGGAGGGAGUUGCCGACCUUGGGGUGGGAGGUGAGGGAUAGGUGGAAUUUUGACUCAUCCGACCCCGCGGCUACGGCAAAGCAACGCACCGAGUGGGAGAACCUAAACGCCUUUGUUGCGCAGCUCACGGCGCGCUCCUCCAGCGACCCGGACGGCCCGUUGGAUUUCUCCAUGUUCGGAUUGUGGGUGAUGCGGGAUGCAUUCGAAGCUGAGAACGGCGUUGGUUCCGACACCGCCGUCCGGCUGGCUGCCUUGUGGGUGAACUUCGCCGGUGCCUACCUCCGGAAGCUGUCGGUCAACGGCUAUGAGUUCAGCGCGAGGAUUGGGAUCCCGAACGGCAAGUAUGCCGGCCGCGAGUGGAAGGGGUUCAAUGAGGAGAGGUGGAAGGCGUGGGGGGACGAGCUCAAGGUUGCGCAGGCCAAGCUUGCAUCCGACGAGACGGUUCAGGGGGCGGCCAAGGUGAUGGCGGAGUUAUAG